AUGACAGAUAGAAGACGAAUUUUAGGCCCAGUUAAUCUUAUUACUCCAAUAAUUCCAAAGAAACACGACGAUGCAGAACAACUGCAGAUACAUAUGCAGACAGAGACACAGGAACAGAAACAGACACAUCAACAAUUUUCGGGAUCUUUGCUUCCUAAAUUCUAUCUCAAACAAGGAAUAAUUCAAAACUCUAACGGUUCUGCAUACCUAGAGAUAGGUCGUACUAUAAUUGAAGUCUCGGUAUUUGGUCCUAAACCAAUUCGUGGCUCUUUCAUAGACAAGGCUACCCUUUCAGUCGAGACCAAAUUUUUACCACAUGUAUUGCAACCUUGUGGCGACCUUUUCAAUAACAAUUCUAUAGAUAACGCACUGAAUAAUAAACACCAACAGGCACAAGGGACGGGUAUGAGUGCCAUCGAACACAGAAUCAGUUCAUAUGUGGAGAACUGCAUUCUUCCCUCCAUCAUUUUAGAAAAGUACCCGAAAUCUACAAUUGAUAUUCAAAUCAGCGUGAUAUCGUUGGAUGAACAAGAAGUGAGAAAUAACGAAAGCGGAUUGUUGUGGCUUCUGCAUUGGAUCACUAUUUGCACAAGUAUGGCAGUGUUGGAUACUGGGUUGGAGGUGAGAGAUAUUGUUAGUUCUGGUUGUGUGAAUUUUACCAAGCUGGGGAAUAUUUUGGUUGGUGGUGGGCACAGCGCAAGUUUCAAUGCUGAAAAUGACGAUGAUAGAGUUGUUUCUGCUUUGUUCAGUUUCAUGAAUAUGAAAAAUGACGAAAUCGUCGGUUUAUGGAUAGAAGGUGGUGAUAAGGUAGAGUUAUCGGAGGAAAAAUUGACUAAACUCAUUGAUGAAUGUUGUAAAAUGUCCAAGUUGAUCAGAGCUAACUUAAACUCAUACCUCAUCCUGGCGUAUGAAAACAGUGACGACUGA